UGUAAUCUUACUACGGCUAGCUUGGCGGUCUGACCCUGGUCCAGUCCUGUCUAACUUCACCGACAUACACCGGGAUCUCACAUUAGUCCGUCUGGCUCUCGGCGAUGGAGCGGAAAGUUGCUCGGGAAUUUAGGCACAAGGUGGAGUUGCUGAUUGAAAAUGAAGCAGAGAAGGAUUACCUGUUUGAUGUCCUCCGCAUGUAUCACCAGUCGAUGGAUUUGCCAGUGCUGGUGGGGGACCUAAAGCUGGUCAUCAACGAACCAAAGCGCUUGCCCCUGUUUGACGCCAUCCGACCGCUCAUCCCGCUCAAACACCAGGUGGAGUACGACCUGCUCACCCCCAAGAGGUCGCGGAAGCUGAAAGAGGUGCGCUUGGAUCGGACACAUCGUGAGGGACUUGGUCUGAGUGUCCGAGGAGGCCUGGAGUUCGGCUGUGGUCUCUACAUAUCACAGAUUGUCAAAGACGGUCAGGCUGGGAAUGUUGGCCUUCAGGUUGGUGAUGAGAUUGUGCGCAUUAAUGGAUACUCCAUCUCCUCCUGCAUCCACGAGGAGGUCAUCAGUCUCAUCAAGACAAAGAAGACCGUGUCGCUCAAAGUCAGGCAUGUGGGGAUGAUCCCAGUGAAAAGCUCAUCAGAUGAACCCCUCAAGUGGCAGUUUGUCGACCAGUUUGUGUCUGAGUCAGGGGAGAAAAAAAGCAGCAUUGCAGGCUUGGCGUCCAUUGGAGGCAAAGAAAUCAAGGAGAAGAAGGUUUUCCUCAGCCUCGUGGGUGCCAAAGGCAUGGGCAUUAGCAUCUCCAGUGGUCCAACCCAGAAACCUGGUAUCUACAUCAGUAACGUCAAGCCGGGCUCCCUUGCUGCAGAAGUUGGACUUGAGGUCGGAGACCAGAUUGUGGAAGUGAACGGGGUAGAAUUCACCAACAUGGACCACAAAGAGGCUGUGAGAGUCCUGAAGAGCAGCAGGAGUCUGACAAUUACUGUUCUGACAGGAGCUGGCAGCGAGCUGUUUAUGACAGAUGAGGAGCGUCUGGCAGUGGAGGCCCGCAGGGAGCUGGAAAGGCAGGAGCUGAUGCACCAGAAGAGGGUGGCACUGGAGACCAACAAAAUCAUUAAAGAGCAGCAGGAGAAGGAGAGGCAGAGACAGAUGGAGAUAUCUCAGAAAACUACAGAGGAAGAGGAGCGCUAUAAGAAGGAGAUGGAGAAGAUUGAGGCUGUGGAGAAGAAGCACAACCGAGAGUGGGAGGAGGACUGGGGAGCCAAAGACAGACCCAAGAGCCCUAAGAGCCCCCGCACACCAAGGAGCCCAUCACCAGCCCCACCUGAGAUAAAAACCACCCCGACUACAAAGGCCAAGAGUUCUCCCGGCUCCUUCACAGAGGAAGACAAGGAGGAAGAGCAGGACAGACAAGGAUUUCAGAAAUAUGAGGAAGAGUUUGAUCCCUACGCCAUGUUCUCCGCGGACCAGAUAGCCGGGCGAGAUGUAAGACUGCUGAGGAUCAAAAAGUUAGGACAGCUUGACGUUGUUCUGGAGGGAGGGGCAGACUCUCCAUUGGGAAAGUUGGUGGUAUCUUCUGUGUAUGAAGGCGGCGCUGCCGAUAAGCAUGGUGGCAUUGUACCCGGGGAUGAACUUAUGGCUGUGAAUGGGAAGAUCCUGAUCGAUGCCACGUUGACAGAGGGACAAAACUCUCUGGCUCGCGCCUGGAAUAGCGGAGGGGACUGGAUCGAUGUUGUGAUUGCCGUUUCCCCUCCAAAAGAAUAUGAAGAUGAAGUCCCUAAGUCAGCAUCAGUCAGUCCCACUGUGAACAGAAAGGUGUUUGAAGGCAGUGCAACACUGUACAGACAUGGCUACCUACUCCAACACUAGCCCUUCCUUCUCUUCCUCCCUGACCCUCGUGCUGGUAAAAUCAAAUUUAGUCUUCAAACCUCCUCCUCUUCACUGCACGCCUCAGAGGGGAGGUUUGGUGUGCCACUUGUAUUUGUUUGGCCCCAUUUUUAUUUUCUUGAGCACAUGUGACAGUCUCCCUCCCCGUCAAUCAGAAGAAAGCAAACAAGCAUAUUUGGUAUUUUCCCCCUGCACCUUUAUCAGAGUUAUGUAUCACUGUUGUUAUAGCUAUUGUGACAGUGAAUGUAUACAAGCACAUACAAUGUGCAGUUUUCCUUUUUGUCUAUUUCAAAAAUGUCUCGAGGCGAUGUAUUUUUAUUGCUGACGCAUGUACUCUACAGCGAAUCAGCCAUGCUAUUUGAGUGAAGAAAUGUACAACUAAUGCAAUCAGUGACCCUUCCCACCGUAUAUCUGCCAAAUCACUACCCAAUGAGCCGUAUAUAAACACAUAUGUACAUGUGUGGCCUCUGUGGUUUUGUCCUGCAUCGUCAUAUCAUUGACGCUUAUUAAAACAGCCUAGGACUUCUGCCAGCCUUCAGCAGUUGUUCUGAUUGAUGUUGUCCCACACGACUGUUACAUGUUCUGACAUAUAGGCACUAAGUGAGAUUGGUUGGUACUGUAGCGCGGAUUUCUCCUGUGUUAUAGUAAAUGUUAAUAUGUUCACAGUGUGCGAUCUGGGGUUCUUUUUAUGUUGACAUGAUGAUGUUUUAAAAGAAAGUGGGUUUCGCAGUUUCAGUUCCUCAACCAAAAAAAAGAAAAGACAGGACCGUUUAAGCCUUGAUCAUUUUGUGUUUCCAAAACUCACCUGCAUGUGUGUUGGUCUGUUGUGCUUAAUGUGCAGUGGUCGAAGCAAGCACAAUUUAAAAACUGUUUUCCUAAUUCAUACUUUUCUAAGCAGUCCGCUUAAUAAAGCACAGUAAAGCACAA